AAUGAGCAUUUCAAAGAAAACAUCAUCAGCAAAGUAAAGCAAUAGACACAAGUGUACAAGAGUUAAUCAGUAACAGUAGUUCGCAGACCGCCAAUGUCAACAGUUAAUAUAUGCACUAAGCAGUUAUCAUUUGUCAGUGGUCAUGAUUUAGGCAUUUUAUCAAAGCAUGUAUGACGAAAUCUUAAUAUAGAAGUCAUAACUGUGAUAAAGGUUAUGUAAGAAAUUCAAGCGUCACAAAUAAAUAAAUGUCACUUCUUAAAACUAGCAAGUUUUCUCUAGAAACAUUUAAGAGUUAAAACUUAAGAACUGCAGAAAUGUUUGGUUUGUAGUUAUUAACAAAGGUAAACAAAACUAAGGUAAAGUGUUUAUUUAAAAAGGUUUCUUUUUGAGCAAAUAUGCCUAACUUGAAAGGUAAAGUAUGUCUUGUUACUGGAGCAUCAAGAGGCAUAGGAAAAGGGAUAGCUCUUCAAUUGAUAACUAAUGGAGCAACUUGUUACAUCACAGGAAGAGAUAUUGCUAAGUUGGAAGCUGUUAAAGCUGAGGCCAAACACAGAGGUGCAGAAGGUAAAUGCAUCCCAGUUCAAUGUGAUCACAGCAAAGAUGAAGAGAUUAAGAAGCUAUUCGAACAAAUUUCAAAUGAACAAAAUGGAAUAUUGGAUUUGUUGGUUAACAAUGCUUAUUCUGCUGUCACAUUUGUAUUCGGAAACACAAAAACAAACUUUUGGGAUCAGCCAAUAGAUUCUUGGGAUAUUGUCAACAAUGUUGGCUUAAGAAACCACUAUCUCUGCACUGUAUAUGCUUCAAGAAUGAUGAUCAAACAACGACAAGGUCUCAUUAUAAACAUGACUUCUUCUGGUGCGAUUCAACCAUUAUUCACUCCAGUAUAUGGGAUCGGUAAAGCAGCGAUAGACAGAAUGGUAGCAGACUGUGCUACAGAGCUUAAGAAAUACAAUGUAGCUUUUCUAUCAUUGUGUCCAGGACCUGUGAAAACUGAACUGCUGCUUGGAGAUACAGGAAAAAUGAUUGAACAGCAUCAGGUGAUACUAGAUUGGGGAGAGACACCAGAGUUUAGUGGAAAGGCUGUAUCCUAUCUGAUAUGUGAUGAGAAUAUAAUGAGAAGAAGUGGCCAAGUUUGGAUGACAACUGACAUUGCUGAUGAACAUGGCUACACAGAUAUAGAUGGUAACGCUGUUGUUUCAAUGAGGAGUUUCAAACUAAUGUUUGCUUUGUCACCUUUGAAAUCAAUUGCAGGAUUUAUUCCACGAUGUCUAAAGCUUCCAUAUUGGUUGUAUAAGAUGCUUUUAUCUCUGUCCACCCCACAAGAAGAAAAAAAGAAGAGCAAAUAUGAAUAAACUUAAAUCAGUGAAUAGUUCAAAUGUAUAACAGACACAUAUGCCAUGUACUUUAUACAAUACAAGUCCCUUUAAAUGGUAUCAAGUAAGCCACAAAAUGGUGUAUGAAGUAGAACACAUGUGUUAUAACGACUGGCGAUUCUCACCAUGCGAGGAUAAAUAAGUUUUUAUUCAUUCUUUUAGGUCAGAACUUAUACAUUAUAUUAUAAUACUGCAUUAUUGUUUGUUUUUAAGUCACACAUUUGUAAAAUUAUGACAUUCUAUUGUACCUACGUUGUUAUUUUUAUAUUGUAUAUUGAGAUGCAGUUAGGAUGUUUACAUAUAUGUUUUAUGUGUUAAAAUUACAUCACAAUCAUCUGAGAUUCAGUAUUUU